AUGAUUUGGUUUUAUACUUUUUUGUCAAUAUUACCAUUAGUACAAGGUGUUCUUUUAGAUACAAGAGUUCCACCAAAACUAUAUAAGGAUGUUAAAUCUGUAUUUAAAGUUCCACAGUCUCUUAAAACAUUUAAAUUUACUUGUCCAUUAGUAAAUAAUGAUGACCGUUCUGUUAUUAUCCAAUGGAUUAAGGAUGAAGAGAUAAUUGAACCAACUUAUAAUCAUAGAUUUAAAACAGCAAGAAAUGGAAAAGAUUUAAAAAUUAAAGAUAUUGAACCAUCCGAUAGUGGACAUUAUCAAUGUAUUGCAAUAAAUGGUUUUGGUAAUGCUAGAAAUAAUUUUACAUUAAUAGUUUUUGAUGAUGAAGAUGAAUAUUUACCAAGAGAUGAAUCAUUAAUAUUAUCAACUGAUGAACAAAAACCAUCAUGGACAUAUCCAAAUUAUAUUAGAACAAGUACAGUAGAUUUUAUAACACCAAAAGUUAAUGGUGAUUUACAAUUAAAUUGUGCUAGUAAAGGUAAUCCAUUACCAGAAAUAAAUUGGUACAAAAAUGGACAAAAAAUUGAUUUAGAUCAUGCACAUCAAAGUAUAUUAUCAGCAAAAUUUGUUCUUCAUAAUGUUCAAAAAUCAGAUUCUGGCAUAUAUAGUUGUACAGUAUUUAAUAAAUACGGUCAUAUUAAUGCAACAUUUCGUGUUGUUAUUGGUAAAAAUGAUGAUGAUUUUUCAGGAAAUAUUGAAUUUAAUAUAAUUGAUAAUGAAAAUAUAGUAUUAGAAUCAAAAAAUAAUUUUGGUACACAUAUUGAAGUACCAUCAAAUAAAUCUGUUAAUAUUGGAUCAAUGGCAGAAUUUGAAUGUAAAAUUAAAUGGUCUGAAACAAUGCCAUUAAUUAGAUGGUUUAAAAAAGUUGAUAAAAAUAAAGUUAAUGAAAAAGAUAUUGAUUCAGUAAUAAAUAUUAAUGAUAUGGAUUUAAUAUUAGUUGAUAAUUUUGGUGCUGAAAAUAUUAAUACACAAAAUGGUCAAAAAAUGUUUAUUAAAAAAUUAACAAUAAAAAAUGUUGGUUUAGAAGAUGAAGGAACAUAUGUUUGUGUUGUUUCAAAUGGUGGUGAUAUUGUUGAAAGAUCUGUUACAUUAAAUGUUUUUGGUGAAAAAAAAAUAUCAAUGAUUGAGGAUAAUUUAAUGACAUAUUUUAAAUAUGGUUGUUUUAUAUUUUUAUUUUUUGUUAUAUUAUGUAUUGGUGCUAUUAUAUAUUUAUAUAGAAAUACAACAGAUAACAAAGAUGAAGAAAGGUUAACAGUAUCACCAUUAUUAAUUGCACCAGUUAUUAGACCACCACCACCAAAAAUGCCACCACCUAAAACACCAAUAUAUAAUAAUAAUGGAAAAUUUUUUAAUGGUACAUUAAAUACAUGUACCACAAAUACAUACUCACCAAUGGUUUAUGAUAUUCCAUGGGAAAAUUCUGUUAAUGCUGCUGUUUUAAAACAAUUAUCACCAGGAAAUGCUCCAAUGCCUAUUCAUAGAACGACGGCAGAAGAUACGAUAAGUCAUAUAUAUGAUGAAACAUCUAGUCAAAUGGAUACUGGAGGAUAUUGGAGUAAAACAUUGCCUUAUAAGUAUAAAAAUUUUAUGCAAAAUCAUGUUUAG